AUGUUGGAAUUCUGGCGGCAUGGCGAGGAAGAAGAGCUAAAGUACUACGUUCCGAGCAAAGCAACGGGAAGAGAGAUUCACGACUUUCCAAGAAAUGACGAGUUUCCUAAAACUCAUUUUUUCUUUGUUCGGGUCUCGGAAGCUUCGGUUGGCCCGAACUGUGUGGAUAUAGUGAAAACUCGUUGGGGAGUUCUCGCUCGCUACCAUCGGCUUCCGAUGCCUGCUGUUUUUGACGUUGUUCGAGGUACACUUGCUGCAAAGAGGUGCAGUUGGCUAUGCGAUUUCUGCCUCCGUAGGGUUAUAAGGGCUUUAGCAAUUUCGCAAGGAAUUCCCGUUGACACCUCAUCUUCUGAUAUCGACAUGAAGAGACCGUCAUUCUGA